AUGUUUAGUACUGCUAUUAUAAAGCAUCGAGAAAGUAUAAUUAUGUCAUACAGAUUCUAUCAUCAUUCAAUACAACAACCAGCCUUCGUAGAUCAUAAAAGAUCUCCAAGAAUAGUGUCAAUCAGUGGAAAAAAUCGUGAAAUUAUCUAUCAGAAAAUAGAACGAUGGUUGGAUAUUCGUUAUGCUGGUUAUCAACUUAUACAAACUGCACAAGUAAAACAAAACAAUCGAUUUUAUUGUCGUAAAACUUUUCGUACAGCUGAUGGACGAAUAAAAGUUAUUUUGUUCGAUUCCACAGAUGACGCUCUAUAUGAAAGAAAUAAUACUAGUUUGAUGUUUCAAAGCGGUACAAAAAUGCGUAUAUGGGCACGACAAACAUCAAUACCAACAAGAAUCGAAUACUUUACAUAA